CCCAAGCGCCGAUCCUCGGCGCCCCCGCCCUCCCAGCGCUCCCACAGCCCGAGCGCCGUUCAGCUGACCGGCGGGCGCCAGACGCCGCGGCUUCCAGCUAGCGAGCGCAGCUGCGGCGGCGCGAGCCUCUCACGCCGACACUCCCCCUGCGCGCCCCUCCCCCACCCGGGACCAAGAUCGGGACCGACUGGGCGCGAGCUCGCGGUCGCUUCUCCGGCGCCGAGCGAGGAGCGAGGCUGCGGUGACGAGCGGCAGCUGCGCGGCCAUGGGCGCGCCGGUGUCGACCUAGGACAGGCGCGCGGAGACAGCAGCCGGUGCGGCGAGCCUUCCCGAGAGGCGGCGGCGGCAGGAGCAGCGCGGCCGGGAUGAGCGGGAGCGGCGCGGCGCCCGGCCCGGGCUCGGGCUCCUCCCCGGCCGCCUGCCGCUUCGCGCACUACUUCGUGCUGUGCGGGAUCGACGCAGACAGCGGGCUGGAGCCCGACGAGCUGGCGGUUUUGUACCAAUGGCUAGAAGCAGAUCGUCAUGGCAAGAGCCAAGAUGCUGCAAAUACGACUUCAGGUGAAAAUUUUGACCAGAGUCCUUUGAGAAGAACAUUCAAAUCCAAAGUGCUGGCCCACUAUCCUGAGAAUAUAGAAUGGAACCCUUUUGAUCAAGAUGCAGUGAACAUGUUGUGCAUGCCUAAAGGGCUGUCUUUCAGAACCCAGACUGACAAUAAAGACCCUCAGUUCCACUCAUUUAUAAUUACCCGGGAAGAUGGCUCUCGUACCUAUGGCUUUGUUCUCACUUUUUAUGAAGAAGUGACAAGUAAGCAGAUCUGCACAGCCAUGCAGACACUUUACCAGAUGCACAACGCCGAGCACUACAGCAGCGUGUACGCCUCAUCGUCCUGCAGCAUGGACUCGCUGGCGAGCAGUAUCGACGAGGGAGAUACAACUUCCCUCCUGAAACUCCAGCGAUACAACUCCUAUGACAUCAGCAGAGACACGCUGUAUGUUUCAAAAAGUAUAUGUUUGAUCACACCGCUGCCUUUCAUGCAGGCCUGCAAGAAGUUCCUUAUCCAGCUUUACAAGGCAGUGACCUCCCAGCAGCCGCCGCCCUUGCCGCUUGAGAGCUACAUCCAUAACAUUCUCUACGAGGUGCCCCUUCCACCUCCAGGGCGAUCCCUGAAAUUUUAUGGUGUUUAUGAACCCGUCAUCUGCCAGAGACCUGGCCCCAGUGAACUCCCCCUCUCCGAUUACCCUCUUCGAGAGGCCUUUGAGCUUCUAGGGUUGGAGAAUCUGGUGCAGGUAUUCACCUGUGUUCUUUUAGAGAUGCAGAUCCUUCUCUAUUCACAAGAUUAUCAGCGCUUGAUGACUGUGGCGGAAGGCAUCACCACACUUUUGUUCCCAUUUCAGUGGCAGCAUGUUUAUGUGCCCAUCCUCCCUGCUUCUCUGCUACAUUUUCUUGAUGCUCCUGUCCCUUAUCUGAUGGGCCUUCAGUCAAAAGAAGGAACUGACCGUUCUAAACUAGAACUUCCUCAAGAGGCUAAUUUGUGUUUUGUGGAUAUUGACAACCAUUUUAUUGAACUGCCUGAAGAAUUCCCACAAUUCCCCAAUAAGGUGGAUUUUAUCCAGGAACUCUCUGAAGUGCUGCUUCAGUUUGGGAUCCCUCCUGAGGGCAACCUCCAUUGCAGUGAGAGUGCCACAAAACUGAAGAAUCUGGUUCUGAAGGACUUGGUUAAUGACAAGAAGAAUGGCAAUGUCUCCACUAACAACAUCAGUAUGUAUGAGUUACUGAAGGGCAAUGAAACCAUAGCCCGCCUCCAAGCUCUGGCCAAGCGGACUGGUGUGACUGUGGAAAAAAUGGACCUCUCUGCCACACUGAGUGAAAAAGAAAAGGAUUUAAAACUGCAGUGUGAAGAGGCAGAACUGAGGGACUACCAGCUCAACGUGCAGCUCCGCGAGGUCUUUGCUAACCGCUUUACGCAGAUGUUCGCAGAUUAUGAAGCGUUUGUGAUUCAGACUGCCCAGGACAUGGAAUCCUGGCUGACCAACCGGGAACAGAUGCAGAACUUUGACAAAGCUUCCUUUCUGUCUGACCAGCCUGAGCCUUACCUGCCAUUUCUUUCACGCUUCAUUGAAACACAGAUGUUUGCCACCUUUAUUGAUAAUAAAAUUAUGUCUCAGUGGGAAGAGAAGGAUUCUUUGCUUCGGGUCUUUGACUCUCGCAUCGAGAAGAUGAGACUGUACAAUGUAAGGGCACCUACCUUGAGGACAUCUAUCUAUCAGAAAUGCAGCACUUUAAAAGAAGCAGCCCAAUCAAUUGAGCAGCGACUAAUGAAAAUGGAUCACACUGCAAUCCACCCACAUCUGCUUGAUAUGAAAAUUGGUCAAGGCAAAUAUGAGCAAGGGUUCUUUCCAAAGUUACAGUCCGAUGUCUUGGCAACAGGACCAACUAAUAACAAUCGCUGGGUAAGCCGGAGUGCCACCGCACAGCGCAGGAAAGACCGCCUUCGCCAGCACUCAGAGCACAUCGGAUUGGACAACGACCUGCGGGAGAAAUAUAUGCAAGAGGCACGGAGUUUAGGAAAAAACCUGAGGCAACCCAAAUUGUCAGACCUCUCUCCUGCAGUGAUUGCACAGACCAACUGCAAAUUUGUAGAAGGCUUAUUAAAAGAAUGUAGAAUGAAGACAAAACGCAUGUUGGUGGAGAAGAUGGGGCACGAAGCAGUGGAACUGGGCCAUGGAGAAGCAAACAUAACCGGCUUGGAGGAGAACACCUUGAUCGCCAGCCUCUGUGACCUACUGGAAAGGAUAUGGAGUCACGGCUUGCAGAUCAAGCAGGGGAAGUCAGCUUUGUGGUCACAUUUAAUUCAGUUUCAGGACAGAGAAGAGAAGCAAGAGCACCUUGCAGAAUCGCCAGUUGCCCUUGGACCAGAAAGAAGAAAAUCUGACUCAGGAGUUAUGUUGCCAACACUCAGGGUCUCUCUUAUCCAAGACAUGAGGCAUAUUCAGAACAUGGGUGAGAUCAAGACGGACGUCGGGCGAGCUCGAGCAUGGAUAAGACUAUCUCUAGAAAAGAAGCUCUUGUCCCAGCAUCUCAAGCAGUUGCUCUCCAACCAGCUGCUCACCAAGAAGCUUUACAAGCGUUAUGCUUUUCUACGCUGCGAAGAAGAAAGAGAGCAGUUUCUUUACCAUCUUCUCUCCCUCAAUGCGGUUGACUACUUCUGCUUCACCAGUGUGUUCACCACUAUCAUGAUUCCAUAUAGGUCAGUGAUCAUCCCCAUCAAAAAGCUGAGCAAUGCAAUCAUCACAUCGAACCCCUGGAUCUGUGUAUCGGGAGAGCUAGGAGACACGGGAGUAAUGCAGAUUCCCAAAAACCUUCUCGAAAUGACUUUUGAGUGCCAGAACUUGGGGAAGCUGACCACUGUUCAGAUUGGUCACGAUAACUCAGGACUGUUAGCCAAAUGGCUAGUGGAUUGUGUCAUGGUCAGAAAUGAGAUUACAGGACAUACAUACAGGUUCCCAUGCGGGCGGUGGUUGGGGAAAGGCAUUGAUGAUGGAAGCCUGGAGAGAAUCCUUAUUGGGGAGCUGAUGACCUCAGUGGCAGAUGAGGAUCUGGUAAAGCAGUGUCGGACUCCGCCGCAGCAGAAAUCGCCCACCUCGGCUCGGAGACUGAGCAUCACUUCCCUGACAGGAAAGACCACCAAACCCAAUGCUGGACAGAUCCAAGAAGGAAUUGGAGAAGCUGUGAAUAAUAUUGUGAAACAUUUUCACAAACCUGAAAAAGAGAGAGGAAGCCUCACAGUAUUGCUGUGUGGAGAAAAUGGACUGGUUGUGGCACUUGAACAAGUCUUCCAUCAUGGGUUCAAAUCUGCCCGCAUCUUUCACAAGAAUGUCUUCAUCUGGGACUUCAUAGAGAAAGCGGUUGCUUAUUUUGAAACCACUGACCAGAUUCUAGACAAUGAAGAUGAUGUCCUUAUUCAGAAAUCAUCCUGCAAAACCUUCUGCCACUAUGUAAAUGCUAUUAAUACCGCACCCAGGAACAUUGGGAAGGACGGCAAAUUCCAGAUUUUAGUUUGCCUUGGAACACGGGAUCGCCUGCUCCCACAGUGGAUCCCCCUCUUAGCCGAGUGUCCUGCCAUUACCCGAAUGUACGAGGAGAGCGCCCUCCUGCGAGACCGCAUGACUGUCAACUCUCUCAUCCGCAUUCUGCAGACCAUUCAGGACUUCACCAUAGUCUUGGAAGGAUCACUCAUCAAAGGAGUGGAUGUGUAACCCAAGUGGCUAGAAACUCUCAGUCCAGACCCCUUGUUCCUGAACCUUCCCCAACUGUGGGGACUGAUUUGGACUUGUCUGACAAGGUAGUGAGUCACUGCAGGGGCAACACACCGAAUUCCCCAAUCUGAACAAUCCUCACACCACAGACAAGGCAAAAUGCUGUAUUGUAGUUCAUUUGAACCUGGAAUUUAGUAUAAAAUAGAGUAUUUUCAUGUGUUAGAUGUGUGUAAAUAUGCUAUCUUCUUUAAGAAAUUAUAUUACUCUAAUAAGAUACUUUUCUUAGAUUGAAUAUUCCUGUGACUUAAAAUAAGUAGCUUAACCGCAUUGGGAGUUGGGGAGGGGAAGAGUGGUGCUAGCCAGGAAGAAGCCAGUAAACAUGUAAUUACAGUGCAACCCAGUCGGGCUUUUUUUUCCCUCCAGGUAUCACAAAGGAACCCAGAAUGCAUUGUUCCGUCGUAGCCAUCCGUCCUGGUGUGUCCGAGCCUUUGUAUUGUGAAUGUAAACAACUUUACCUGCUGUACGUGAUAGCCCUCACUUACAUUUUUUUAAGUUAUAAAUGGUUUCAUACAUUUGAAUUGAGUCACUUUUCCAGUCUUUUGGAAAAAUUUUUCCAUCGGCACAAGAUAAAGAUAUGAUUCAAAUAUUUUAAAUACUGGACCCCAGGAGCUUGGCUAAACUGGAAAGAGAACACACAAAGCCCCGAGAAGUAUGUUAAAUUGUAGGAUUAUAACUUCUUUACACUUUGGAAAGAUUAGCCUAGACUAACUUCAUUCUUGGCAUUUUUAUUCAUGUUAUGUGAGGUACUUUGAAGAGAUGUGAGUUUCAAAGUGUUGGUCUCUUAGUUAUAAGAACUGCAAACGGCAAUUUGAUUGUGUACUUCUAAUUUGGCCCUCUAAACCCUGCAGCAGUUCCUUACCUCAAGGAUAAUCUCAAACCCUGUCUUUGUUAGUUUCCAGUCCCCCCUCCCCUCCCCUCUUCCUGUGCCCAUCCCCCUCUCAGGAAAUGGAAGGAAUGUCUAAGAAGGAGGAGGGCUCUGUGUAGCUUGGAAUGUUUUUGUGAAAGUAUUUGUUGACCAUGAUAAUGCAAAUAACAGAGGGAAAGAGCUAGAAUGAACCUUUUCUGGAUGUUUCAGGGCAAGUUUUAUAUUCCUUUUUAAGAAAGGGUAAUAAUAUAAAACAACUGGCCCGGAGACAGUGAAAGCCAGGGCAGCAUAGACUGACAGAAACGGAAGCAGAGCGAGAGGCAACAGUUUUGAAAGACCGAACAUUGUGAGUAGCUUUCCAGCUUGGUAUUUUAUAAGGAAGUUAAGUAAAUGGUGGUGUUAGCUAGUUACCUUUGAGUCUUCGUUUAUGGUAGGUCCUGUAACUAAUUAGGCAUUUGCACAUUGUUAGCAGUGAAAUUGCCUCAGCAGAGCUCCAGGUUUUAUUCCCAAUUGUGGCUGAGAAGCAAAGCCAUGGCCUCUCAGGACCCUUGCACAGUCUUGAAGGUCCUGGGCUUUGGCCAACAGUAUUGUUUCCCUUAUUUCCUGGAGGAAGAAACUAGUGAAACAAGUGCCUCACUCCCUUUAUCAAACACUAUUCGGCGGGGGUAACCAAGGCACAUCCCCUUUUAAUCUGUGGCUUAGUACUUGAGGAGCACUGGGGGAGUUGAAGGCAGCAUUAAGAAACCCAUGGAAGGGCUUUAAGAAGAUGAUUCUGGGUGACCUGGGUAGACUGGACAUUUGUUCACCUGAGGCUGAGGGGUGUCUCCAUUGGUGUAGCUCUUCCAAGGACCUGGAAAGUCCAGGCAUCCAGAGUAUUUCACACAGGGUUCCUGUGUUGCAGUGAUCAGAAACCACAGAGUGAUCAGUGCAGGGUUUUAUUCUCUGUACCUUUCCCAGAAGGCCAUGCUUCUGGCACAAUCUGGGCAGCUGACUUAGGUUAGCAUGAGUCGUCAUCGUAUAGAUGGGAGCACCUGAGGAUCAGAGAGGUUAAAUACUUACCCCACAGCUGGUCAGUGACAACAGAGUCUAGAACUCGUGUCUUUUAUUACACCAAGGCUGCAUGAGACUGAGCUCCAAGGCAUUCAUAUUAAUCGUCUUUCUAUCCCUGGAGCUUUAUCCAUCCACCUAAACAGGUAGGCAAUAAGUGUUAAUAUUCAUUUAUAAUAAUUGUAAGGAUUAAUAUUCAUUUUAACAAAUUGUUCCCAAGUGGUUGAGAAUUACAUCCAUUAUAAAAACUGGGAGCAAAAUUGGAUUUGGGGCCUAUGAAUAAAACCAUUACAUAAAAAAAGUAGUACUCCAAGAAAGAGUUACACCUAAAGUUUUAUCCCACUUUGUGUAGUAUGACCAUAAGAGUAGAAAUGACCGAUUUCAAAAGAAAUAAUCAUACCAGAACUGACAAAUCCUCUAGAGAAUGCUGGACCCUUUAAUUGGUCACGUUAGGAGCCCAUGUAGUUAUUCCAAUGAUAACAGCCAGGGCUCCAAGCAUGUGAGGACCUCCUUGCAAGCUGCUUGAAUGGCCUACAGCCCAUUCUUCUGAAUAUUGCCAGUUAUGGUAAAUCUUGGCCUUUCAGAAGAAUUUAAUAUUUGGAAACAAAAAGUCCUUAGAAUCCAAAUUGAUGAAUAAAAAAGAUGUUUUAAGCAGAGUUUGAGGUCACAAAAGAAACAAUUCUAAAGAAAGAAGACUUAGUUCUUAUGUGGUUUAUAACUGUCUCUAAGCCAAUACCAGAAUAUUUUGAGCAGGACAGUAGCAGAACCCUUAGAAUAAAUGUCUGUAGCUGACUUUUAAAAGGACCAUACCCAGUUAGAGGUAUACUUUUUGCUAUAUUAAUUUUUUUAAUUAGUAUAUUGCUUCAUAAUCACAUCCUCAGAGUUAAAGUAAGUAAAAAUCAAUUUUGUAAUUGACUUUUUUUCCUCAGAAUAAAUUAAAAGUAAUGCCCGGAAUCACAAUUAGUAUUUUCAUAUAAUAAUAGCUUGAGAGGAAAUUGUUUUAAAAUGAAAUUGCCAAAAAUAUUACCUCUUGAAACAUCUAAUUUCCGAGUGUUUUUCAAAUGUCCUGAAACUCCUAAUCUCAACCUUUCUGACACAGUGGCAGGACACUGUUGUUGGUAUUGUGUGUGAGCCCAGACAGCAGUGCCCUGGGUGGGGCUCAUUAGCACCUUAAAACUGACUGAGGCUCGGUGUGGAGUAGCAUAAAGUGGGAUUCUAGUUGGGGUGAAAUCGGCCUACAGAGAACAAAAGUUCUUCCUCUUCCUCUAUCCCACUGGGAGCAAGAAUUUGAUAUAAGAAACCUGAAACAUGCAAAAGUUUGCAGUUUCCCUCUAAAGUUUAUUUUCAACGUUUCGCACAUUUUUGAACCUUUGUGACCCUGUGGUAUUUACUUUAACAUGCCUUUUUAAAAAAUCAUUUUAAUGAACUUCUGUCACACUACAUGAAUGAUAUAGGGGAAAUAACUGAAUUGCUUGUAUUUUCUUUUUUUGGAGUAAAGCACUGUUGUACGUAAAUGUAAGUGAAAGAGAGGUAGAGACGGUACUUAACAGUUGUGUGUAGUAUACGUUGACACCUCUAAGAUAUUUUGAAACAUGAGGCAACAGAUGAGGACCUCAGAUCCCCAGGGAAAUAUUUAUUUGACAGCAUCGAGAGUGUAACUCUUAACUGAAAUACCUUCUUUCUGUUAAGAAUUAACGAUUUUUCCGGGGGUUUUCAUUUUGAGAAUUGUAUUUUCUCUGUGAGGUUUACAGAAACUAUUCUUUCCUUUUCACCGUGUUGAAAGGACAAUCUGAACCUUAGGUAUUUAUGUUUCAGUAUUAACACACCUUCAUUGAUUGAGAAUGGAGUCUUGAGCUCCUCUCUACUUUUAUGAAGUGAAUCCUGUUUCCAAGUCAUCAGUUUGUUUUGAAGCCCCUGUUCCUUACAUAAGUGUUUGUUAUUUGUUUACGUUAAAAGGAGAUGGAAACAAAUAAUAAACAUCUAGGUCCCUUAUUCCUAUUAAAAUACAUUUAUAAAUCUCUUGGAUUUCUAAGCUUUUUUGAAGAGAGCGUUGAUGAUGUGAUCAGAGGAAUCCAGGAAGAAACUCAUCCUCCCAGAUCUUCCUUGAGCUGGUCAUCCUCUUAAGGUCAGAAUAAAGAUUGGCUCCAGAAAUGUAUCACACUGAGCAUUUAACACCAGAGUGAAAAAAAUAAAUAUCGAAAAGUUCCUCUUCAUUUGAAGGAACCCAGGGCAUCUUUGGGUUAUGUGGGAGAGAAUCACACUUCAUCCAAUUUCCUGAAUGGAUUUGUGUGUGGCUCUAGUCUAUUCCAAACCAAAUCUUGUUGACAGUAGAGAGGUAUGGUAAGGAGUUCCUGUUGUCAAUCAAAUGAGGGUGUUAAACAUAGAAAAACCCUCUAUGUUACACUUGAACCGUGUAUAAAUGUACCCUGUGUAUCUUUUUAAACAAUGAACAUUUCUGCAUUUAAAUUAUAUUGUGUUUCUUUGUAUUGUUAACAAUGCAUCAGAACUGGAUUUUUUUUCCUCAUCUGAACAUAAUAUAAAAUUUAAAGAGUAUUGUGAUAUCAAGCACUUUAACAUACAUAUCAGAGAAACUGACGUGGGUUUUUCAGGUUUUGGAGUACAUUUAAAUAAUGACUUUUCAUGCUUUGUUCUUUACAAAUAAAACUGUGGGGUUGAUACUU